GCUGUGCGGCGCGGGCCCGGCGCGGGGCUGCCGGCGGCGCGGGGCCAGGCUGCGCGGCGGCGGCGCCGACAGCGACCCCGACACCGACCCCGAGGAGGAGGAGGAGGAGGCGGAGCCCGCCGAGCCGCAGCUGCUGCCGCCGGGCCCUCGCCUCGGCCUCGGCCCCAGGCCGGGCCCCGCGCGCUCGCUGCUGGAGCUGCCCCCCGAGCUGCUGGUGCACAUCUUCGGCUACCUGCCCGGCCCCGACCUGCCGCGCCUGGCCCAGGUGUGCGGCGCCUUCCGCCGCCUCCUGCGCACCGACACCAUCUGGCGCCGCCGCUGCCGCGAAGAGUACGGAGUCUGCGAGAACUUACGGAAGCUGGAGAUCACGGGAGUGUCCUGUCGAGAUGUCUACGCCAAACGUAUAAACCCGCGAGUGAAGUCGGGGCGUUUUAUGAAAAUCCUUCCCGACUACGAGCACAUGGAGUACAGAGAUGUUUACACCUGCCUGCUGCACCGGUAUCGACAUAUCUUGGGCUUAUGGCAGCCGGACAUUGGGCCAUACGGGGGACUGCUCAAUGUGGUGGUUGAUGGCUUCUUCAUAAUUGGCUGGAUGUACCUGCCCCCUCACGACCCUCACGUCGACGAUCCGAUGAGGUUCAAGCCCCUCUUCAGGGUUCACCUCAUGGAGAGGACUUCUGCAACCGUGGAGUGUAUGUAUGGCCACAAGGGACCCCACAGCGGCCAUAUUCAGAUUGUGAAGAAGGAUGAGUUCUCAACAAAGUGCAACCAGACGGAUCACCAUCGAAUGUCAGGAGGGAGGCAAGAGGAAUUCCGGACGUGGCUGAGGGAGGAAUGGGGCCGGACGCUGGAAGACAUCUUCCACGAGCACAUGCAAGAGCUUAUCCUGAUGAAGUUCAUCUAUACCAGCCAGUAUGACAACUGCUUGACGUACCGACGCAUCUACCUCCCUCCGAGCAGCCCCGACGACCUCAUCAAGCCAGGCCUCUUCAAAGGGACGUACGGGAGCCACGGCCUUGAGAUCAUCAUGCUGAGUUUUCAUGGGAAGAAAGCCAAGGGGACAAAAAUAACAGGUGAUCCCAACAUCCCAGCUGGUCAACAGACUGUGGAGAUAGACCUUUUGCACCCCAUCCAGCUGCCUGACAUUGAGAACCAGCACAACUUCAACGAGCUCUCCCGCAUCAUCCUCGAGGUCCAGGAGCAAGUGCGCCGGGAGCAGCAGCAGGAGGAGGAGGAGGGUGCAGGCUGCUCCCGGCAGAGCGCCACGCCACAAGCGGAGCAGCCUGCACAGGAAGGAGACGCAGGAGCUGAAGAGACAGCGGACAGAGCAGGGGCUGCAGCCCAGGUAUCAGAGCCAGCUUCACAGCCUUUCGUGUUGCCCCUGGGAGUCAUAUCGCGGAACAAGGAUUACCCCCGGACCUGCCGAAUGUGCUUCUACGGCACGGGGCUCAUCGCCGGCCACGGCUUCACCAGCCCCGAGCGGACGCCGGGGGCCUUCGUCCUGUUUGACGACGACCGCUUCGGCUUCAUCUGGCUGGAGCUGAAAUCCUUCAGCCUCUACAGCCGGAUCAAGGUCGCGUUCCAGAACGCCGAGGCGCCCUCCCGGGAGGCUUUCGAGGAGAUGCUCAAGAACAUUCAGUCGCUGGCUACUUGAGGGGCAGCCCCCGGGAGAGCGGGAAGGGCUUGUGAAGACUUCUGCUCUCCCCACCUGGGAAUGGGAUGGGAUGGGACGGGGACCCCUGGCCCUUGGUACCUCGGAACGAAAGCAUGCACUUUUUAGUAAGGCCUUCUCCCCCCUCCUCAAACCUCCAACCCUCCCCAUAUCCUAUUUAAAAUAGACCUGAAAUAUCCCUCCCCCCCACUUCUUCCUGGCGGUACUUGAUAGUCGGUCUGUAACACAGCCGUGGAUAAUGGGAAGCAAUGGAGUGUGUUUGCUUAAAGAGAAUGGACUGGAGGGAAGCUAGGUGGAGCUCCGCAUUGGAGGGCCUUGUAAAUACGGAGGUGGCUAAUCCUGUACCCUGCUCCAGGGAAGCAGGGUCCUCCUCUGGCCAAGCGCAUCCUUCAACAUCUCUUUCCCACCUCCCCAUGCACGAGGUCACGGGAGAUUGGAUCACUUAAAACCCCUCCCACGCGGCCCCCACCUGCCCGCUCUGUAUUGUGCGGUCCGGGCUUGGCUCGUGUUUGUCCUCCCCUCUGGGAGCCUCCCUCUGCUGUGCACGGCCUUGAUAGCAAAGCAAGCCAGCUCCGCUGCGGCUUGGUGAUGGCAGUAGGCUUUUCCUCGCUGAGAAUCCCUCACGCCGGCCCUGCGGGAGGUACUCGGUCACUGCGCAGGUAUCCUCUCUCCGCCUUCCUCGCUCCAGUUCAGUCUCUUCCACUGUCGGAAGGAGAAAUCAUCUCUCCCCUUAUUACAAGCACUGGGAACAGCUCUUGGCGCCUGUUCAGGCUGUACUUUUAACUCCUUUUUAAGUAGAUCUGUUAAAAGUUCUCCCUUUAAAGAGCUUAGGGAGAAACCCCUCAACCCCACGAACUACUGACUUUCCCUGUGUGUGCUUGAGGGCUGGCAGAGCUGGGACGUGGAGUUUCCUGCUGUUGCCUGGUAUCUUAGGCUGCUCCCACCCUUCCCCGCGCCCUGCCCAGGAUAGUUAAGAGAUCUCUUGAGGCUGUGAUUCCUUAUGGUGCCGCUCAUUGGCUCCCUCCUCUGGAUCCAGCAAGUACUGGGGUGUCGGUGCCUCUGCCUUGUGUUUGCAUGUCUGGGAUUCUUGCGUUCUUUCCUCUCCUACAAUCGCUGAUCUUCCCAGACUCUGGUCUGCCUCUGCUACAGGAGACUUGCCCGCAGUAAUUCGGGAAUGCAGCUGCUGAGCUCCGCUGAGAAGCACAGGUAGGAGAGGUAGAUGCCCAGAGCACUGACCAGCUGCAAAAGCUUCCACCACGAGACGGGGCGCUGGGGUGGCCAGAUUUGUGUCUUGACCCAGGCAGGCAGUUGUGGUCCAUGCCUGUCAUUAGAGACCCACAUGAACCAAGCAGUGCAGCAGGUGACGUGCCAGCCAAAGCAUCUUUUGGCAGAUGAUAAGGACUUUUAAAACCUUAAAGACUCCCAUCUGGGCUCUUCACCUUCCACGGAUAGUGUUCGUAAGUGGUUAUGCACGAUCUAGUGGUAUAUUAAAGCAAAAGAUGAGAUCCGUGGCCUGUUUCAUUAACAGGAAACGUAUUCCCCCUCGCCUAACAUUAACGUUCUUGCUGCGGCUGCUUCCCCAGCCUUCACAUCCUCAUCCCAUGCCAUGUGAGAGGAGUUGGGGACAGGCUCAUGGUGGGGUGCAUCACUCGCAGGGCUGAUUGUCUCCUUGGAUCUAAGUCCAUGACACUGCACAGAUCAGGGAGCUCUGGGCACAUCUUCCUCCCAACCUGACAUACCUUAAUGUUCCCUGGGCCAGGGCAGGGGUAGUCAUUCAUGGGAAUAAGCUAUCCAUUAAGCUGGUUUAAUGCAGCCCUUGAGAAGGGUAGGCGUUUCUCUUAGCAGAAGGGAGAGUUGGUUUGCAUGGCAUCCCGGUACAAAGGCUUUGACUCGGCGACAGGAUGUUUUUUGUUGGUCUCUGGUGCCUGGCUGCUGUGGGCUGAGGUAGGGUUAAAAGGCAGGCUCCUCAAUCUUGGCUCUGAAUUUCCUCUCUUUCCUCCAGGUGGGAGGCUCAAAUCUAUGUUCCAAAGCCCACGUGAGAAAUGAGCUGGAUAUUGUGGGCAGGUGCGAACGUCUGGGCUAACCGGGCAUCUGCAAAUGGCGGCAGCCCCUUGGCCUUUGCGUAGCCAUCUGACAGGCAGAACUGCCACCAGGACCCUACCUUCGCACGAGCGAUCCAGUCUUUAGUCUGACCGAAUCCUCUUGGUUGUUUCUACAGCAGCCCUUAACCCAACCUGCAUCUAGGGCAAUACAGGUGCUUUGCUGGAGGGAUUCCCGACUCCCCGGUGCUCUGUCCUGUCCCUGUUAGCCAGCUUCGUUGCAGCCAAAUGAAUGAUGCACGCUGCGUACUCAGCUGAAUGUGCACAAGCCACUGAUAUUUAUUAAAGCAGAUCUGGGUUGCAACUGCUGCUUACGCUGCCCGGUAUUUCGGAGUCUGCUGCCCCAGAGCACCAGGCAGGAGAAGGGCAGGGGCCUUUCACGGUGCACUGAACACAGGCUGCAUCGUUGCUUACAUUGGUGUAUGCCCGGCAGCGGCUGGUUUCCAGGCCAGUGCGAUUCCUUUGCUCAGACCAUGUUGCUGCAUCCAGUUUUAGUGGCGGUGUGACGAAGGUGACAGCUUUUCAGAGCUCUCCCUGCCUUUUGGGAAGCUCCUUUUCUUUGCAGGCUGCUUGAAUGGGCUUCACAGUGUGGGGAUGCUCCAGUCCUGGUGAAAGGCCACGCUGCCAGCCCUUGUUCUGCCAGGGGACUAGAUGCUGAAAUCGGACGGAGCUGCGCUUGCGGUGUCUCGGGGCGUUUCAGAAGCUUCAGCCUGGUGAGAAUAGGACGGCUGGUAGGGUACAGAGACCGAUGAGGCAUUGGGAGCAUCGAAGAAAGGUAGAGUAAGGGAAAGUCAAGGGUUAGACUCAGGCAGGACAGGGGGAAGAGGUUUAGGACUACAGGUGUACGUGCAUGUGUGUGUGUACGUGGCUAUAAAAACGGCAGAAUUAACGCACCUUGUUUUGUUGGGUGAUGACUUGAAGCCACAUCUUGCCGGUCAUGGAAAGGGUCCACAACACCAUCGUGCUUCCUCUGCGUGUGAAGCAACCGUCGGGUUACCUCCUGCUUCAGACUGACUGUUACGUGCCCUGUGAGGUGAAGCACGCAUCCUGCCAGCCGCCUCAAGCCUAAUUGUGCCAACCCAGAGGCGUAGUCACUAAUCGGGGAAUUUUGGGAGGACACGGGUCCAACGCUUGGGGUGUGAAGUCGAAGCUAAUCCACCACUUGCCCCCAGCAGGCCAGGUGUCCCUGAGACCGGCUGUGACGGGUUCCUUGUAACUAGCAGCAGGGCUGGAGAAAGAGGUGCAAGACCAGUCUACGGCAGAGCGGAAAACGAUGCAUCUGAUGUCCAAAGGAGCUGAUUGUUCCCGUCCACUCAGAACUGAAGACCAUACGGAGGGAGUUGCAUGUCUCACAGCUGCAUGUACUCGAUGAUUCUCCAGCAGCAGCCGAGCAACUUCACUCCUAGCAAGCAGGGGUCUCGGUCAGCUCCUCACUUUGACCAUUGCUUCCCAGCUGUUGAGGCAGCUGUGUGACUGAAGGCCAGGCGGUGUCAUGAUGCUGGGCACCCUGGUAGCACCCUGUCAGCUAGGGGUAGAAGGAGGGGAUAUACCUGCAAGGACCCAUUUAGGAAAUAGUGUCACGGCGGUGCUAAGAUCAGCUGUCAUGCUCACCAGCAACAUGGGCAGGAAGAAGUGUGAUCCUACACCGAGCUCUGAAGCUGGCCUCUCGCCCUUCAUCCAGCUCCAGGAGCUGCCUCGCACUCCAGCACCUGGGAUCCACGCUCUUCCAGCCCCUGUAAGUGCUUCAUCAAAAGCCAAGGGAACUUCUCCACCGACAGAAGUUCUGGAGCAGCGUGGCUUAGGUAAGGAGGGAUGAUCCACGACGUAUAUGGUUGCAGCCCUCUUGUGCUGGGCUGCACUCCCCUUUCCCAGGGGUCACACCAAGUUGGUGCAUCUGGGGGAUGGGUUGAUGAGAUGGCAGCAGAUCUGUGGAGUGUGUGUACAUGCAUCAUGGGGUAGGUCCUGCACUGCACCCCGAAUCCCGGGCACGAGACUGCGUUGCUGCUCUGAAACGGCGUUCUGGAUGUCCCUCCGAUUCUCUCCAGACAGCGCUCGUUGCUGCACGCUGGGCACUGCUGAGUUGGCUGCAUUGCCUCCCUUCCAGGGCUGCCGAGAAGGGGUGAGGUAUCCUACACGGUUGGGCUUCUGGACACCACUUAGAUGUGUGUGUGUGGUGCCUCUGCAGUAAUGGGAACGGUCUGCCUAGUGUUUUGAAUCACUUCUGGCUUCCUCCACACCUCGAACUUCUUUGGGGAAGUUUUGCCAGGUUCUCUGUGCAGGAUAAAGUCAGUGGCAAGCUCCGAAAGAGCCUGCCACGGAGCAGUCUGGGAGUGCGCUAUCAGCAGGAAAGGGGCAUGAGCGAAUUGAAACGUUUGCCGUCUAAUUGAGAUGCCACUGAAGCCAGCCACAGCUGCCACAGGCCUGUCUAAUUGUGGGUUUACUUCCAGCUCAAGGCUCUUUCGGGCAGGCCAGGAAGUUCAACAGCCAGUUGUGCAGGGGGUUCGGAGGGCAGGCUCAGCUUUGCUUGGCUUGCACCUUUUUGGCAAGCUUUGGAGGUGACUUCAGCCAAGUGUGUGUGUGUGUGCAUGUGGGGUUUGAUGUAAAUAUGUCUAUAGGGCUCUCCCAUCAGUGCAGUGGUUUCACAGCUGUCUGUCAGGAUUGUGAGGGGGGGGGUUAGUACUGCAGGAGCUUUUGCAAUCUUUCUCGUCGCUGGUCUUGGAUUUUGAGGCAUCAGAGCAGCGCUGGGCCAAGGUGUCAGGGAGGGAGGUCAUCAGGAGAGGGGUUGUGACGUAUAAGUUACAAUGCUAUGACAGUGCAAAUGAAAGGAAUGGGCUCCGCUUUUGCUUUUGCAGAGGGUUACUGUAAGUUUCUUUUUUUUCCAUUUUUUUUCCCUACUGAAGCUGAAUUUCCAAGCCUGGGCACCGAACCAGGUUGACUAAGCUCCUCUUGCUGGAGACAUGAUGAUGGUGUGUCUGUGUGAUGUUUGGGUGGCCAUGGGAUGGGAAGGAGGGGCAGUGACAUACCGGACAUGGGGUCAGCCUGGCACGCAGGGCUGCACUAUGUGAUUGCUGCUGCUUUUGGCUCUUAAAUUAAAAUGCAGGAGAUGCGGUGGCUCUGCUCAGGGCGUGUUCUUUCUCUCGUUGCCAGAGGGCAAAGCGUUCCCAUCCUCUGUUCGUUCACAUCACUAAAGCUGUCGGCACCUUGUGGCUGCCUGUUCCUUCCCCCAAACAGCUUCCACCUACCCCUGCCUGGCUCUUUUUUUUUUCCCUGAACCAAUUGACACCACGUAGAUCUGGGGUCUCCGCCAGGCCUUUUGGGGUGGGGAAGCCCACGUGGUGUCAGUAAUGCCAUCUUCCUCGUGUCGCCUGCGUCCCAGGGUGCAGCUGUAAUCCCGACCUGCUCGAGGCCCGAAGCGCCGAGGAGGAAGCCGGAUCGCUCGAACGCUGCCGGGGUUCUUCCCUUUUGAGUGUGAAAAACCUCUCGAGCUGCAAAGGUGAACCCAGAAAUCCCUUCACGGGAGGUGAAAUCCUUCCUAGGUUGCUGCCGUCGGGGGUGGGCAGGGUUUGCCUCUGCUUGGAUUGGGUUUGAGUUUGCAAAAGGUGAUUGACUGAUUUUUAUUUAUUUUUUCCCCCACCUCCUUCCCACCUUCCCCUUUCCUCUACAUCCAAGGCCUGACUAAGGAAACUGUAAACGCCUUUGUGUUACUUUGCACCUGCUCAUUGUUUCCCAAGGAGCCUUUUUUUGGUUUCAGCCAAUAAAAACGGGGACGUUUUAUGAC